UGAAAGUACGAACGUGAACUUCCGCUUCCUGGUUACUUAUUUCAAAAUAUUGGCGCUACAUUCGGAGCUCGAAAAGCGAUACGUUUAAACGAUGGUUAAAGAACAGUAUUUAAGGGUGAAACUGUCAUCGAAAAAUAUAGUUGUGGACCAAAUUAAGACAUGUAAAGAACUGCUAAGUAGAUCAUUAGAUGCUCAAACGGGGAUACCCAAAGAGUCAAAGCAACUUUUGCUGCAAGAGUUGUUGACAAACUUCGAGAAUGCCGUUCAGGACAACGUAUUAAUCAACGGCCAGACGUGGGAGGAUGCUCCAGACGAUGGCGAAAAUGAGAGCGGUUCCCUUGACAACCUCCUGGAUGAGAGCAUCGUGGAGACUGCCAGGCGACGUCGUGAAUACCCCCAAGCGAUAGUUCCGUACGUGGUGCGCACCCUGAAAGCUGAGAGGAAACUAAUGGGGAUGUUUGAGCAGGCGUUGCCACAGGAGCUGGAGAAAGACCCAGUCCAAGAGCGCAUCCUGUCAGAUCUGUCAGCUACUGCACAACGGAUGUUCAAACAGGCCAGCUCGAUGGUGAAGUCUCAACAGGUCUUGCAGCAGAGAGCUGAGGGGCUGAGGCAGGUGUUGAACGUCAGACCCACUCCCGCCUCGCUGGAGGUUCACCGGGAAGUGUUCUCCAUCGGCCCGUCCAACGGAGAAGUUGUGACAAAACCUCCGUCCCUUCCCCCGGGAAGAGCCAUCAAGAGACGAGUGGGAGAGGCUGAUGUACGGGCCUGUUACGCUGUUCCACAGAAAAAACAGCUGGUUGCCGUCAGAAAGCCUGAUUGACAGACCGAUUAUCGAGCUGUAUGGACUGUUGCAUGUGUGUUGUUUAAAAGACCCCGAAAGAUGUUCUGUGAUACAUUAUGCUUUAUGCACUUGUCGACGAGGCUGUGGCGCCCUCGCAUGGCAGAUGGUGUAACGACACUUGAAAUUGUUAAAUAUGCAGAUAAAGAAAUUGGCUUUUGAUUUGUAUGCUAUGAAACUGUGCAGUUGUGCUUAAAAGAAGAACAAUGAAAGAAAUAAACGUUCUAUGGAGUAAUAGAAUAAUGAUCCACGUCAAGGCCGUAGCCAUGGAGUCAACAUUGGGGGGGACGAAUUCUGCUGGGGAGUCUGAGGGUGCCCCCCUGAAAGGUUUUAAUAAUAAAUAAAAAAAGAAGUUAUC